ACGGGUGUGCCAUUCAAAGAACGAAGAACGGGUAAAAAUUGCUUCGUAACUCGGCUAUUCGUUCGUCUGAGAACGUUGUGUAGCCUUUACCACCUCUCAGUCGGUUUGUCUUUCACCGCUUCUUACGCCGAAGUAGGGCACGGAGCGCAACCAUUCCGAGCCAGAGAUUCCUGAAGCGCGGAUCUUCAACACGUAGAGCUCGUCCUGUAGCCACAUGCUACAAAAACAAGCGAGAACGCGUAGUAGUGAGUGUUUUUGAAUUGUGAAUAAAAAUUUCAAAGGUUAUUAUUGUAACGAAGAAAUGGUUCUUUUAACUGGUAACACUAUUGCAAUGGACGAUUCGAUGCCUCAAAUUGUCCCAUCAGCCGGUUUUACGCCGCCUUGUGACUACAACAGUUUCGUCGAUUUCGAUUUGUCGCUUUUACCCGGUGGGGAUACAGCUUUUUCAGCAUCCACACUUUUAUAUUCUCCACCGGCAGAAUUAGAGAAACCGAAAAUUUUCACCACUUUUUACCCGAAUCCGCCGGAUGAAGACAAAGAUAUAAAUUUAGGACCGGAUUUUCAAAAGCUUCUUCCAGAAUCGCCAAAUUGCGGUGCGGUUUAUUUGGAAGUCCCAUCUUCUAAGAACUACCACGCUAAUUCUCCUAUUGGGGCGCUAUCUCCUUAUUCGCCUCAAUUACUUUCGCCGAAUUACACACAAGACGUGUACUCAACAUCUCCGGAUGUCUCGUUGUAUAACUCCCCAAGGGAUGAUUUUCGAUACAUGAAGGAGGAUUAUUCGAGUCUUCAAAUUAAGCAAGAAUCGGCGUCGCCGACUCCGGAUGUUUUUGAAUUGUUACAAAAUAGUUUAGGGGAGACCAAAGCUAUUAAACAAGAAAGCACUGUAGAUUUUAGCAUCCUCCAUAAUUACAACGCAGUGGAAUCCCAAAUUGUACCACAAUCAACUCCACAAGAUCACCAAUUACUUAGACAAGUUCUCCGCGAUACUAGCUUCCAGAAGAAAUAUAAUAUUAAACCUCUCGAUUUCGAAUUCAUGUCGAAUCAUAUUAAGAUGGAGGAACCUGACGAUAAUACCCAAGAAUUAAUGGAACCAGUUUUAAAUUUAGCCAUGAAACAAGUCAAGGAGGACGUUGUUAAAACUUGUGCUGAAUUAAAUAUCUCCUCCGAUAUUUUAAAAUGGACACCAGGGAAUGUAUUGUCAUGGUUAGAAUUCGCCUGCCGAGAACACAAUCUUCCAAGAGUCAAUCCCGAUCAAUGGAAUAUUGAUGGUUGCGGACUCGUCAACAUGACCGAAGAGGAAUUCAACAAGAGGACACUUCAGGGCGGUGGUACACUUUAUGGAAAACUUGAACUAUGGAAAACAACGUGUAUGGAAGAACCUAUGCAAUGGCAACAACACACACCAUCAAGUACCGCUUCUAGUGGAGACAUAUCUGAUGAUGACGAAGAUUCAUCAUCACAAACGAUAGAAAAACCAACAACUUCUAGGACUUCUGGAGGUUCACACAUUCACCUUUGGCAAUUCUUGAAAGAAUUGUUAGCGUCACCACAAGUACACGGCUCGUGUAUUAGAUGGAUAGAUCGCGGAGAGGGUAUUUUUAAAAUUGAAGAUUCGGUUAAAGUGGCGAAAUUGUGGGGUAAAAGAAAGAACAGGCCGGCGAUGAACUACGAUAAGUUAAGCCGAUCUAUAAGGCAAUAUUACAAAAAAGGUAUCAUGAAAAAAACGCAGCGAUCACAGCGGUUGGUUUAUCAGUUUUGCCAGCCUUAUUGUCUCUAAAGAAUUAAGAAACGCAAGAAAUGUAAAUUUUUGUAAAUAAUUUAGGGGGUUAGUUGGUGGUUGGUAUAAUUUGGGUUACAACGUUUUGAAGUUAUCAAAACGUAUUUAAAGAUUACUUACUAAGCCAGUUAGGCGGUAAUGUAAAUAGUAUAGGAGUAAAAGAAUGGAAGGUAAUUUCCAUUUAAAAAUUUUUCUCAAAUUAUUUAAAGUUUUUAAAAAUUUGCUGAUGCGUCUUUUUUUGGGAUACACGAGCGAUCUUGAGGUCUUAAUGAUCUCGGUCGCUUUGUUUACCCUUUUGACAAUCAUCGGUGAUUUUCGGUCCCAUAUAUCUAUGAUAUAUUACUUUUGUAAGUUCUAUGAACAAACAAUAAUACUGAUAAGUAGUUUAUAGUAAUUGCUUUAAGUAUUUUAAGGUGGGACUGUAGUAAGCAGUCCCGUUAUAUUUAAUAAUUAUUUAUUACUCCUUAGAUUACGCUAUCACGUUUUCAAAAUAAUUGUGCAAUAUAAUAACACUUGAUGAUCUUCUAACACUCGUUUAUUUAUUUAUAGAACAUUAAUGAAUAGCUUUAGUAGAUUUUAAGACGAUGUAUGUUACAAAUCUAUGUAUAUAUUAUUUUCUGACAUAAAUAAAUGUUAUUUUAUUAAUCA